UUCAACAAAAGAGUUAGGUUAAACAAGAGUGUGAAGAGAUCUCAUCUAUCAUUUAACAAAAUCUUUUUGUUAUGGUCUAGACUCUAGAUUGACUAGAUCUAUAUAAUACUUGAGUCUAAUCUAGAUCUACAUUGAAAAUCUAUUCUAUAGAUCUACAAUCUAGAUUUCUUUAUUCAGGAGUUUCUUUUUUUUUUAAUAAUUCAAAAGUUUUGAAAAAAGAAACAAAAACAAUCACCAAUGCCAAUGGCCUUGCGAUCGCAAAUUCAAAAUAUUUUAGUUAAUAAGUUUCUUAAAGUGAAUAGUGUGCCAGUAAGAUAUCGUAAGCCUAAAUGGGUGCCCUUAGCAAAGUCAAAAGAAUUCUAUGUAAGAAAACCCACUCCAAUUGACCCAGAAGAAUAUUCGAUGCUUAAUUUUCGUUACAGUCAAUACCGUGCUGAAGUUAAAAGCAUAAGACAAUUUCUCCAUGAACAACUAUUGAAUAAACAAGAGAAUUUGUCAGUGCAGCAAGUCUCAGAUGAUGCCCAUGAUUUAAUGUCAAUGGAAGAACAAGUACUUGAAUGGAACAAAAAAGUUUCAGUGACUAGAAAUGCUAGGCUGGCAGAGGAAAUGAAACUAGAAGAAGAGAGGAUUCAGCAGAUUGAAAAGGAACGAGCAGAAAGAAAACUACAAAAGAAAAUUGAAGCUGAAAAAAAAUUAAAGAAAAACAUUGCUAUGUCAUCAGAGUUCAUCACCAGUAUUACAGCAGACAAAUUAGAUGCUGAAAUAGAGAAGCUAUUAGACAGUAGGAGUGAUUACAAUUUUGCUAUCACAAAAUCUGGAGAAAUUUUGAAAGGAGAAUUCCCUCAGAAACCAACCACAUCUAAAUAAUAAAACACCAAUUUUAAAAUUGCUUACAAUUAUUACUAUUAUGCAUUAGAAAUUAAAUUGCUUACAUGUUAUCUUAUAAA